GAACACAAGAGUGGGAAAAGAAGUCAAAAUUCGGCAAUUCAAAAUUUUUUCUCGAAAGAUAUAUCCUUGAUCGGUGAUGUCAAGAGAAGUUCUCCAUAACAUUUGAACUGUGAAAUAACCGAGAUAUCAGAUUUACAAGAAGUUUUAAAUCAGCUUUUCAAAUGUCGAAAUGGAACUUUUGGAAGAAGUGUGAAAAACUAACGAUUAGCGGACACAACUAAAUAUACUAGGAACAUUGCAGAAAAUUGAUGGCCGACUGCAAAAUACAAAUGCUAGAACCGUAAACCUUUUGUUUCGAAAUGAAUUGGUCGAAAAAUAGAGAGUUUGAAGAUAACUCAGAAAUUCUGGCUGUCAAAGAUAAUGUUGAUGAUUAGAACAAAGGCCAAGGCUUGGAAAUCAAACUUUUUAUCGUCGCUUUAUUCGCAGAUUCUGUUGCUGCUAUGCUCUGGCUGUGUAAAUGGAAAUUUAAAUCACUCUUAUGCGAUGGAUGAAGCUUGUCUAACAGGGAAAAUGAUUCAUGUCAGAUACGUUGAUAAUGCACCGUAUAUAUUUAAAAGAAACGACGAAAUGAAAGGAAUACUCUUGGAAAUAUUCGAAAAAGGAGUUCAAUUCUGCUGUAAAGAUGGAGUUCAAAUCUCGUACAAUUUAUCUACGUCGAAUAAUAUUUUGGAAUUGAGAACGAAACACGUCGGCUUUUUGCCAUUAAGUAGAGCUUCACAAAUUAUAUCCUCGAUUCAUGGCUUGCCUUUCGUAAGCCUAAUCGAAUCUCCGGGCUUCGCUGUAGUAUCUGUAAAGAGCGUUCCCGGAGAGGAUCUCCUCAUGGCUAUCCUGGAUUCAUGGCCAAUUUUGGUAUUCAUAAUUACUACGAUCAGUCUCAGUGGAAUUUGUAUCUGGGUACUCGACUUCCACGUCAAUCCAAAGCAUUUUCCCGCGUUUUUCCCCCUUGGAGUAUGCGAGGGAUUUUGGUGGGCGGCUGUCACCAUGACAACAGUAGGGUACGGCGACAAGGUGCCAAAGAGUGUAGGUGGACGUUUAUUUGCAGUAGUGUGGAUAAGUGCAGGGUUAGUUAUCCUCGCGAUGUUUAUGGGAAUCGUCACAGCCUCGUUGACAUCAAGUGGUAUAGGACAAAUCAAUCAUCUUUAUGGUUUAGAGGUUUCUGCCAUCAAUGGGUCAGCUGAAUAUCAGUUUGCUAUCCUCCAGAGUGCUUAUGUACAAGCUCAAGAUUCCUACACUUCUGUAUAUUCCAGUAUUGCGUCUGGUAAACCAAAGCUCGCGCUCGUGGAUCUUUACGCAACUACUCAACACCAAAACUUCUUUUCCCGCCAUAACUUACGAGUUUCCAUGGYGAUCGAACAGGAAUUGUCUUACGGUUUGGUCUUACCACAGGGAACCCAAAAUUUACACCAAUGUUUGCGAGAAUAUAAAGAGGCCUAUCAGUUUCAAAGCUAUUCCUAUAUUCAAAAAUAUCUAACUAAACAUAAGAUUCCAGAUAUCAGUGAUGGUACAGAAUAUUUCCAUGGUAUUUUUGGAUACUCCGUCUACGCAAUGACCGGGGUCUUUAUUUUGAUAUUAGCGGUAGGAUUCUGGUGGCAAUAUUAUUGGUUAAAGAGACGAGGCGAGUGGAAGGAAGAGAAUGAAGACAUUGAUAUGACAGAACUAGAAUUAUCCACAAUGGGUCCCUACCAUUGCUCAAAAACACAGCAUAUACCUCAAGUGUGCAAUAGCUCUACGGUAAACCACUGGUCCAGUUACAUGAUGGCUCAACAAAGCACACAGAUACAAGGACUGAUAGAUGAAUACAUGUCUUAUGAAGGAAACUGGACGAGACGAUUUGAAUCCCUCCAGACAAAACACAGAAGAGAACAAGUUGAAAUAUUUAACUUAGAUAGAAAUGGAUGAGAGGUUUAAAGGAGAACUAAGGCCUAGGACAAACGUCCAACUUUCCAUGCACCGAACUCAUUAAAAACAAUGGAUAUCAGGUGAUAAUGAGGCGGCAUUCUUUGAUGCAAUUAAGUUCGGUGCAUGGAAAGUUCGACGUUUGCCCUAGGCCUAACAAAAAGAGAAAAUCUUAUUUUUGGAUUAUAGCAAUAAUAACGUAAGGGUGCCUUUAGUUAUUAGACGAGGGUUGAUUGUUGUCAAUGGUCAAUUUAGGAAGAAAUUUUUCAAAGGUUUAGUUAUGCUAUAUGUUUACCGUGAAAUCCAGGUUAGAAGCCCUAGGUUAUAUGUAUUAGGGUCUUUUGAAGGCACGAGGAAAAUGAGUUUGGGAAGAAGAGGAAACUUUUACGACUGACUUACUUUUAUUUUCCCAGUGAAUCUCUUGCGUUGCAUCAACAAAAUAAAUACGUGAUUACAGAGGCGGACGUAUAAGUUGGGGAGGGGGAGGUGGAGGGGAGAAUAAAACUGGAAGGAUAUUUACAUUAGCAGACUAGUUGUACGUUGGCUUAUAACCGGGAUUUUACGGUAUUCAAGUAUGAAUCUUUUUCAUCUAUGUUGAAUGAAAGGCAGACUGCAGACAUGGUU